AUGGAGAUAAUCAAAGAGGGACCAUCAACUUCUCGUCCUCUUGUACUGGAUGCUAAAGAAGCGUGGAGAAUAUUGGAAGUUGCUUUUGAAGGAACUUCUAAAGUCAAGAUAUCCAGAUUGCAGUUGAUAACAUCGAAAUUUGAAGCUUUGAAAUUGUCUGAAGAUGAAACAGUUUUAGAGUACAAUGAGAGAGUUCUGGAGAUUGCUAAUGAAUCACUGCUGCUUGGUGAAAAAAUUCCUGAUUCUAAGAUUGUGCGUAAGGUUUUACGAUCUCUACCAAGAAAAUUUGACAUGAAGAUCACUGCAAUAGAGGAAGCACAUGAUAUAACCAAAUUAAAACUAGAUGAAUUAUUUGGGUCUCUGCUUACUUUUGAGAUGACUAUAUCUCACAAAGAAAAUAAGAAAGGCAAGGGCGUCGCUUUCAAGUCAAUAUAUGAAGAUGAGACAACGGUAAAUCAGUCUGAUAAGGAAGAAAACGUGAAAGAAUCAAUAGAUCUCCUGAUCAAACAGUUUUCUAAUGUGGUCGAGAAAUUCAAAAACUUGAAUACCACAGGAUCAAACGCUCAAAAUCUGAUUAACUAUCAAAGAAAAGAUGGUAAGAACAAUACGAGAAGGUUUAAUGAAAAUUCAAAUAGAAGGAGUAGUGAUUAUGGACGAAAAAAGGGGGCGAAUGAAGAGUUUUUAGAUGUAGAGAAUGACACUGAUGAUAAUGAAGAAGAUAAUGGCAUGAAUGCAUUCCCUGUACACAUUACAAAAACUGAUUCUGAUGAUGAAAGUGAAAGUUCUGAAGAAAAUUAUGAUAAUGAGUUGACAUUUGAGGAACUCAAAAGAAGUUUUAAACCUACAACUGAAACAAAGUUUAUUCCUGCUUUAGUAAAAGACGAAACUGAAACAGUUCCUACAACGACUGUUGUUAAUCCUCCAGCUAAAACUACAAGAUGGACUUGUUAUUACUGUGGUAAAAAAGUUCAAUCUUCAACUGAUGCUUGGUAUCUUGAUAGCGGUUGUUCUAAACACAUCGCUGGAAAUAUAUCCUUCUUUUUCGAACUAAAAGAAUGCAUAUCUGGACAUGUUAUGCUUGUAGAUGGUGCAAAAGGAAUAAUCCUUGCAAAAGGAAAUAUUGAGAAAUAUAAUCUACCAUGUCUAAAUGAUGUACGAUAUGUUGAAGGGCUCAAGGAAAACCUAAUUAGUGUUAGUCAACUAUGUGAUCAAGGUUAUACUGUUAAUUUUAGUAACGAAAAAUGCAUUGUGACUGAUAUUAAUAAAAAUGUUCUUAUAAGUGGCACCAGACAGAUUGAUAACUACUAUCACUAG